AGCACACCGACAAGGGAGGGAGUGCGGCCGUUGCGGGACACGAGGAAAAAGGGGGCGAAGCACGGCCACGGUAGCCAGCACGCUGCGCGCCUCUACUAGUACUACAGGCUACAGGUAGUGUUAAUAAAUGCCUGCAAUAAAGAAAGAGCCGUAAAUCCUAGGGUGGUGCCGACUGCCCCGAGGGGCGAGGGGCGAGGGCUUCAUCUAUUUGCGAGGUGCGCGUCCCACGGAGACAGACUACAUAUGAAGGAGAGAGAGAGAGAGGGAGUAGGGCACAGGGUCGAAGGGGCCCAAGGAGAGGCAGCCAUCAUCUGCUCCUCGUGAUGCGCGCCGCUCAUUGCUGCAGAGCGCUGCCGCUUUCGCCCCACUUGAAGCUUCAACUCCACUUCCCCAGUCUCGCCGCCGUUUCGGCCUAAAACUCCCGCAAAUCCUCGCCCGCCGCACCCAGAUUCUCCAGGUGGGAGCAGCGCGCGCCGCCGCCGCCGCCGACGACGACCGAACGCGGGCCGCACCAGCUCCCCGCUGCCGCCGCCGUCCGGUAAGAUCCUCCGCUCAGCCCGCCAGCUCCACCUCUUGCAGGCCACCUUUCUGUUCUUGGGUUUGGUUCGGGUUGCUGUCUUUGUCCAAGUCGCGUAAGCGUAUCCGCAGGUUUUCGGUCGGGGGGGGGGGGGGGGGGGGGGGGGGGGGCGUUUACCCCGGCUGCUUGCGUCGUCUUCUCCCUCAACGCCCAGGAGGGGGUUAACGGAUCUUGCAUCGUCUUUGCUAGGAAAAGAAGCGGAACCGCCGCCCUGCCUCACCUACCUACCGCAUCUCUGUUGCUCCAUUUGCUAUCUCCCUUCAUUUCCCAUUUUAUUUUAUUACAAACAAAAAAUGCAAAAAAAUCUUAGCUUUCGAGCGGGUAAGGUAAUAAGAGAGAAACGGCCGGACGUUGGGCACCACCAAGAUCUACGGGCCUAGAGAGUUUUUAAACGGCUUUUUCCUACCAUUUGUGCUAGUUCCGUCUGUUUUGUCUCUCUCUCUCUCUCCAUCGUUACCUGAUUCACAUUUCAUGUUUCGAUCUUGCGCAGGGCUCCGUGAUGCCGGCGGCUCUCGACCCAGGACAGCGGCUUCUCUGUUGGCCCAAGUGCACGCGACUGACUGCCGGUGCUGGUGCCUUGAAAUGCGGCAGCCGUUCUACGGCCGGCCUCCCGUCCAGAUGAAGGUGCAGCUGGUGGAACAGGAAGGCUCCAAGGGGAUGGGUUCUUCCGGGUGCGCGGAGAUAGUCGAGCUGGCGGACGACCCGAAAGCUGCUCGUCCUGCUGCGCAUCUGAGAGUGAGGGUCAAGCCCGUGGGGCAGGAGGAUGGGGCGCGGUCGUGCUCGCUGGAGGAUGACCUUGACCAGCUCAUCAGGUCGGUCAACGUGCGCACGUCGGCGAGGGCUUCUGGGCAGAGGAGCACCGAUAGAUGGCUUAUUGGGCUCGGGAAGUCGCCGGUGUCGGGCUCAGAGAUUGUGGAGUCCGUGAGCCUGAAGCAGGCCCUUAGGAAGAUGUGCAUCUCCCAGGCGUCGGAAAUGGCAGCCAUGAAGAGGCUGUCAAAACCGACAGGGGCGUCCACCCCUUCUGAUUCUGGGGCGACCAAGAAGCUAUAUGGCUCUGUUGCAGUUCAAGCCAACGGGGAGCAAGAUGACAAGAGUAAGGUGGGCAACGUUUAUAUGCUGCCUGAGAAACUGGCAGGAAGUUCGAUUGGUAAGGCAAAUGAAAUCAGCAAGGGGCAGAGUAAGAGCUCAGCCAAGAAGAAUUUGAGAUCAGCAUCUCCUACCGCAGUCAAGGUUCGCAAAACCAGAAUCCAAGAUGUGAUCAGUAACAAGUCAUCAGAGGCGGUUGAAGAUGUUUCUGUAGGAGCAACACUGCCAAGGCAAAGGAAGGGGAAAUCUGUGAAAACGUCUAGCCCCCGGGCUGUUCCGGUCGGUGGCUCACGGCUGGUGAGGCCAAUGUUUCGGAACAAAACCUCGACCAAAAAGAAGGUCAAACCUGAACCUGCUAUAGUGCCCGCAUCGCACAAGCAUUGUGAGACGAAAGGUCCUAAGUCUCACGCUAGUAAACAGAAGGAGUCCCUUCAGGAUGAACCCAGAACCCCAGCACCAGCUAACAAGAAGGCUGCUGUCAGCUCCACUGUUGAUGGAUCUGAUUUUGGCACCAAAGGGUGUGGCACUGGUGUGAUCCAUGGCCCGAAGGUUGGUGAGCUGUCAAGAUCAAAGGAGAAGGGUGAAUGCUCCCAAAGCUCUAAGAGUAGCAUUGGUGAUUAUAGCACCAGCACCAGCAUCAGUGAGGACAGUUAUGGCAGCUUCAGUGCUAACGGAAGCAGGCCUCACAUGUCAAAGGAUGUGAGAUGGGGAGCCAUCAGGUGCAUGGCUAUCCAACAAGGGAGCUUGGGAUUGAAGAACUUCAAGCUUCUCAAACAACUUGGUUGUGGGGAUAUUGGCACUGUUUAUUUGGCUGAGUUAGUGGGAUCAGACUGCAUGUUCGCUUUGAAGGUUAUGGACAUUGAGUACCUCAUAAGCAGAAAGAAAAUGCUCAGAGCACAAACUGAGAGGGAGAUACUGCAAAUGCUCGACCACCCGUUCCUUCCAACUCUGUAUUCUCAUUUCACGACGGACAACCUUUCUUGUCUGGUAAUGGAGUUUUGCCCUGGUGGUGACCUGCAUGUUCUUAGGCAGAAACAACCUACCAAAACCUUUUCGGAAGCAGCUGCAAGGUUUUAUGUCGCUGAAGUCCUCUUAGCCUUGGAGUAUCUCCAUAUGUUGGGGGUCAUUUACCGUGAUCUGAAGCCAGAGAACAUACUUGUUCGAGAAGAUGGGCACAUCAUGCUCUCAGACUUUGAUCUGUCUCUGAGGUGCUCAGUGAGCCCAAUGCUUGUGAGAAUAUCAUCCGUAGGCAGAGAUGAGCCCAGCAGGCCUUCUGGUCCUUGUGCACAAAGCUGCAUUGAUCCGCUGUGUAUCCAGCCAUCCUGGAGCAAUUCCUCUUGCUUCACGCCUCGUCUGGUUUCGUCACGAAGGCCUAGAGCCGAGCUUCUGAAGAAACCAUCACUUCCACAGCUCGUUGUUGAACCUACGGAAGCAAGAUCAAAUUCGUUUGUUGGGACCCAUGAAUAUCUUGCCCCAGAGAUUAUUCGAGGAGAUGGCCAUGGUAGUUCAGUUGAUUGGUGGACUCUUGGAAUCUUCCUUUACGAAUUACUCUAUGGCAAGACACCAUUCAAGGGACCUGGCAAUGAGGAAACACUCUCAAAUGUGAUCUCACAGGGCUUGAAGUUCCCUGAUAAUCCAGCUGUAAGCUUCCACGCUCGAGAUCUGAUCAGAGGGCUGCUUGUGAAAGAGCCAGAGUACCGGCUUGGCUCGUCGAGAGGAGCCACUGAGAUUAAGCGGCAUCCCUUCUUUGAAGGCCUGAACUGGGCCUUGAUCCGGUGGACCGCACCACCAGAGACCCUGAAGAACAUUGACACUGCACCAACACCUGUAACGACACGCAAGAAAAAGGAAGGCAAAUGUCUGGAAUUCCGGCUGAAUGGUGACGACAUCGAGUUCGAGCUCUUUUAGUUGUAGCUGUAGUGGCAUCGCUGUUGUAGUGUCAAGGAUAUAUCAAAUAUCAUGAUAAGCUAGCAAGAGUAGUCUUAGUCCCUCUUCCCUGCAGUUUUCUGUUGAAAGUUAGUCAUCGUUGGGAAGUAAGGUAAGAUUGGCUGUUAAGCCUGUAACUUUAUGCCUUGUUAAUACCAUCAAAUAUUAGAAGACACGGUUGGGAAAUUCCUGGGCAUGUGCGAGAUGCUGAGAUGCAGCUGGCAGAAAGUGUACAUUGUGUUGCUGGAUGGAACAAUUUGUGCCUCGCUUACUUGAUGAU